GGCGGUCCGUUGCCAUGUAGCUGACCCGAGGACUCCCCCGUCCGGCCUGAGGCGGAGGAGACCCUGCAGCUCAGGCUGAAGAGUUUUCUUUUGGUAGAUGAGAGCCUCUCAUCAGGUCCGUCAUCUAAACUUCUGUGGUGAAACUUAACGAGAGUUCCGAGUCUGAACAGAACCGAGUCACUCUGAUCCGGUGAAUUAACAUUAAAGACUUUGUCCAACUGUCCUUCAUACAGCUGCAGUUACUGUAGGAACGACCCGGGCUAAGACACGCCCACCGCCGAGAGUCUGUCCAAUCACACGCCGGGCGUAUUUGCAUGCAGCCAAUCGUCGCAGACACGCAGAUGUCCCCCCUGGCUCGCAUUGUCCCGACCGGUUUUAAUGUGAACUUACCAGAGAUAUCUGUCAGUUCCGCCGCUGGGAGUUUGGUCCAGAAGAGACUUUUGGAUUUGAUGUUCAGAAUGACGUUUGAGGAGCUAAACGGGGACUAUUCUCAGGAAAGAAUGGACUCGGUAGCCAAAGCUUUGGAGGAAGUCCUGACCUCCGCGCUGCCGCAGGGCGCCAUCACCGUCGGGGUGUACGAGGCUGCCAAGUCUCUAAACGUAGACCCGGAUAACGUGGUCCUGUGCGUCCUGGCCACGGACGAGGACGAGGUGAAGGAUGUGGCCCUGCAGAUCCACUUCACUCUCAUCCAGGCUUUCUGCUGCGAGAACGACAUCAACAUCCUGAGAGUCAACAGCACCAGGAGGCUGGCCCAGAUCCUCGCUGGAGGGGCCGGGAAGCAGAGCGGGGGGGAGCCGCUGGACCUCCACUGUGUGCUCGUCAGUAGCCCACACUCCACAUCGUGGAAAGACCCCGCUCUGAGCAAACUCAGCCGCUUCUGCAGAGAGAGCCGAGGCAUGGAUCAGUGGGUACCGAUCAUCAACCUGCCGGAGCGAUGAUCUGCUGGAUCACAAUGGAAUCUAUACAGGAAGAGUGCUGUGAACCCCAUGGACACGUUGUCCUAUCCAAAAGGAUCAAAUUCUGGAGGAAGAGAACAAAAGCAAACAGCAAGAGGAAGUCUCUGCAGAAGGAGUAUUUAAAAGUUAAAAAAUGAAGGGAAUUUCCUCUCUGAGCAGUUCUGUUUGGAGUAUCGACUGUCAGCCUUUACAAGAAGAUAGCACGAGGACGGGCUCGUACUGUCUGAACGAUGAGGCUUCAGUGUGAAGCUGGGCAGAGGACAGCCUGUGGACGGUGGGAGAACCAGAACAUGCAGCUGUGAGGGACCGAGUGUCUGCAGAAACACUGGACCUUUUGCAGUUUCACCUUUGAUUCCAGUUUCUCGUUCACGUUUCUAUUUAGCCUAAUUUAAAAUGGGAAGGGCUGCAAUGAAAACUUUGUGUGUUUAGUGUUUCAUUUACCUGCUGUUUUUUGCAACAAAUGAAAUAGUUUCUUUGUUACAAUCUAAGUUAUUUUAAUUCUAUUUAAAUGUAUUUAUGUUGUUUUUUUCUACCUGAGCAUUUGGAGGUUCAGACGACAGAACAUGUGUAUGUGCUGCUGUCAAUAAAGAUGUUUUUGGAACCGGU